CAACGAUCUCUACGAUGGGAGGCUUCUGUCAUUAUCAGAGAUAGAUUCAACGCAUAUCAACCUUCCUUUUGACUAUUCAGCACCUUCGAGAGAUAUCACCCUCUAGUGAGCAUAUGCGAAUUAAUCGGAGUUUAGAACUGCUUUUUAUAUCUGAGCACAAAUAAUAUGUCGGCAAAGUCUCUUGGUUCCACCCGUUCUAGCGCCAAAUGAUCGUCACGGUACACCUGUACCAUUCGCUGCGAAUCAUCGUCUAAUACCCUACUAACCAACAGGCAGGGCCUGCAGGUUUUGCAGGAUCCGUCCGAAGUAUCUGUGACCCGUCACUAAAAUCCGCUAAUGUGUGGGUAGCUGAUGCGACGUGACGAUGCUGUGACUUGAUGGAAAGUACCAUUACGGCCGAUUUAAAUUGGCAUUUAUUCGAUUUAUUCUAGCGAACCCAGGGGUCGUUGAUCCCCCACUUCUGAUUCUGUCGUUGAGGGUGGGGGCUACGCCUAUGGAAGCCAGUUUGUACUUCCGGUUGCCGUUCAGAGAUGUGCUACAUCAGUUCGCAGCAGUCUGCCUCCUUCUCAUUUUGCUGGUAGCCAUAUUAGAAAGUGUGUCGUGGCGUUCAGACGGUAGAAGUUUUCUCGGAAAUGGAUAAUUGUUUUGCACAUAACGGCCGUUUUUAAACUUAGAGUUCCAGGUUUCCAAGAAUAAGAUAAACACAAGAUGCAUCUAUACAAUUUAACACUACAGCGUGCCACUGGCAUUACUCAUGCUGUCCAUGGAAACUUUAGUGGCAGUAAGACUCAAGAGAUUUUAGUUUCCCGUGGGAAAUCUUUGGAACUUAUGAGACCGGAUCCAAACACAGGAAAAGUUCAUACAUUGCUGACUGUGGAAGUGUUUGGAAUUAUUCGGUCUCUGAUGGCUUUCCGUCUUACUGGUGGGACAAAAGAUUAUAUAGUAGUUGGUUCAGAUUCAGGAAGAAUAGUGAUUCUAGAGUACUCACCAUCAAAAAAUAUUUUUGAGAAAGUUCAUCAGGAAACUUUUGGGAAGAGUGGAUGUAGGAGGAUAGUACCAGGACAAUACUUGGCUAUUGAUCCUAAGGGAAGAGCUGUGAUGAUUGGAGCAAUAGAGAAGCAGAAGUUAGUAUAUAUCCUCAACAGAGAUGCUGAGGCAAGGCUUACCAUUUCUUCACCAUUGGAAGCCCACAAAAGUAACACUUUAGUUUACCACAUGGUUGGAGUGGAUGUUGGUUUUGAAAAUCCAAUGUUUGCUUGUUUGGAAAUUGAUUAUGAGGAAGCAGAUACGGACCCAACAGGGGAAGCAGCCCAUAAGACACAACAGACACUGACCUUUUAUGAACUGGAUUUAGGUCUUAAUCAUGUUGUCAGAAAGUACAGUGAACCUUUAGAAGAACAUGCCAAUUUUUUAGUUUCUGUUCCUGGUGGCAAUGAUGGUCCAAGUGGAGUUCUUAUAUGUUCAGAGAACUAUCUUACUUACAAGAAUUUGGGAGAUCAGCAUGACAUAAGAUGUCCUAUUCCACGCCGCAGGAAUGAUUUAGAUGAUCCUGAACGAGGAAUGAUUUUUGUGUGUUCUGCAACACACAAGACAAAAUCAAUGUUCUUUUUCUUGGCUCAGACAGAACAAGGAGACAUAUUCAAAAUAACGUUAGAAACUGAUGAAGAUAUGGUUACAGAAAUAAAACUGAAAUACUUUGAUACUGUACCUGUGGCUACUGCCAUGUGUGUUAUGAAAACUGGAUUUCUCUUUGUUGCUUCAGAAUUUGGCAAUCAUUAUUUGUACCAGAUUGCACACUUAGGUGAUGACGAUGAUGAGCCAGAAUUUAGCUCUGCAAUGCCUUUGGAAGAAGGAGACACAUUUUUCUUUGCACCAAGACAUUUGAGGAACUUGGUGCUGGUUGAUGAACUUGAUUCUUUGUCCCCUAUAAUGGCUUGUCAGGUAGCAGAUUUGGCAAAUGAAGAUACACCACAGUUGUACAUGCUUUGUGGCAGAGGACCUCGCUCUACUGUUAGGGUCCUUAGACAUGGUCUGGAAGUGUCAGAGAUGGCAGUUUCAGAACUUCCAGGCAACCCCAAUGCCGUUUGGACAGUGAAACGAAGAGUUGAUGAGGAAUAUGAUGCAUAUAUCAUUGUGGCAUUCGUAAAUGCAACUUUGGUUCUUUCCAUUGGAGAAACUGUAGAAGAAGUGACAGAUUCUGGAUUCCUGGGCACUACGCCAACACUUUCCUGCUCAGCAUUGGGUGAGGAUGCUCUAGUGCAGGUUUACCCAAAUGGAAUCAGACAUAUCAGAGCAGAUAAACGUGUCAAUGAAUGGUCAGCUCCAGGAAAGAAGACAAUUGUAAAAUGUGCUGUCAAUCAGCGGCAGGUUGUAAUUGCACUGACAGGAGGUGAACUUAUAUAUUUCGAGAUGGAUCCUACGGGACAGUUGAAUGAAUUCACUGAAAGGAAAGAAAUGCCAUCUGAAGCAGUUUGUAUGGCACUUGCAAAUGUUCCUCCAGGUGAACAAAGAUCACGAUUUUUAGCUGUUGGUCUUGCUGAUAACACUGUCAGGAUAAUUUCUCUGGAUCCAUCAGACUGCUUGUCACCUUUGAGCAUGCAAGCACUACCUGCAGCAGCAGAAUCCUUGUGUAUUGUUGAAAUGGGAGCUGGCGAGGGUCAGGAAGGAGAAUCUGGUCCAGGUGCUGCAAGCCACUUGUAUCUCAACAUUGGCUUGCAGAAUGGGGUGUUACUAAGAACAGUUUUGGACCCAGUGACUGGUGAUCUCUCAGACACACGUACUCGAUACCUUGGAUCGAGGCCAGUGAAAUUAUUUCGCAUCAGAAUGCAGGAUAGUGAAGCUGUGUUGGCUAUGUCCAGUAGGUCUUGGCUUAGUUACUAUUACCAGAACAGGUUCCACUUGACACCACUUUCAUAUGAGUCUCUUGAAUAUGCAUCUGGUUUUUCUUCUGAGCAAUGUCCGGAGGGUAUUGUUGCAAUUUCAACCAAUACACUUAGAAUUCUGGCCCUUGAAAAACUGGGAGCUGUGUUUAACCAGGUUUCGUUUCCAGUAGACUACACACCUCGUAAAUUUGUAAUUCAUCAAGAGUCAGCUCAUCUGAUUAUUACAGAAACGGAGCAUAAUGCUUAUACUGAGGAAACUAAAAAACAGCGACGUAUUCAGAUGGCAGAAGAAAUGAAGGAAGCAGCUGGAGAAGAAGAGCAAGAACUUGCUCGCGAAAUGGCAGAAGCGUUCUUGAAUGAAGAUCUACCUGAAAAUAUAUUCAGUGCGCCUAAGGCAGGCCCUGGAAUGUGGGCAUCUGUUAUAAGGCUUCUUGAUCCAGUGGAGGGAAAAACAGAACAGCUCAUAAAGCUUGAUCAAAAUGAAGCUGCCAUGUGCAUAACCCUGGUGAAGUUUGCUAAUCAACCAGAUAACCAGCAGUUUGUAGUUGUUGGUGUUGCCAAAGAUUACCAGCUGAAUCCAAGACAAGUUGCUGGAGGUUUUCUGUAUACCUACAAAUUAAAUGCGGACUGUACAAACAUGGAGUUAGUACACAAGACCCCUGUUGAUGAAGUACCUACAGCUAUCACUCCAUUCCAAGGACGUGUACUUGUUGGGGUUGGGCGCAUGCUGCGUCUGUAUGACAUGGGCAAAAAAAAACUACUCCGGAAGUGUGAGAACAAGCAUAUACCUAACUUAAUAGUUAACAUUCAGGCCAUGGGUCAGAGGAUAUUUGUAUCUGAUGUACAAGAGAGCGUAUUCAUGGUGCGUUACAAAAGGCGUGAAAACCAGUUAAUAAUUUUUGCUGAUGACACACACCCCCGGUGGAUAACUACAGCAACUAUUUUGGACUAUGAUACUGUAGCCACUGCAGACAAAUUUGGCAAUAUUGCUGUGAUAAGACUAUCUGGUAAUAUCUCGGAUGAUGUAGAUGAAGAUCCAACAGGAAACAAAGCACUUUGGGACAGGGGCUUGCUAAAUGGGGCUUCUCAAAAGGCUGGUGUGGUUGCUAACUUUCAUGUGGGAGAGAUCUGCAUGUCCCUUCAGAAAGCAACAUUGAUCCCAGGUGGAAGUGAAUCCUUGGUGUAUACUACACUAUCAGGAACAGUAGGUGUUCUUGUACCAUUCACUUCCCAUGAAGACCAAGACUUCUUUCAGCAUCUUGAAAUGCAUAUGAGGUCAGAAAACCCACCUCUGUGUGGAAGGGAUCAUUUGUCCUUCAGAUCAUACUAUUACCCAGUAAAGAAUGUGUUGGAUGGGGACCUGUGUGAGCAGUUCAAUUCCAUAGACAUAUCAAAACAGAAAAGUAUUGCAGAAGAUCUCGACCGGACACCGAGUGAAGUUUCAAAGAAACUUGAGGAUAUUCGCACACGUUAUGCGUUUUAAGCACAUUUCCAUUAUAUUACUACCAUUGAGUACAAAUUAUUUUAUUUAUGACUUCUAUUUCUUUAUAAUGCUAUAUUUUGUAAAUAAAGUUUAGUAAAAGUGA